AUGGGGAACCAGGAUGGGAAGCUGAAGAGGAGCACAGGUGAUGCCUUACACGAAGGCGGUGGUUGCGGCGCCGAGGAUGCUGUGGGGCCCAGGGAUGUGGAAGCUACAAAGAAGGGGAGCGGGAGCAAGAAGGCUCUGGGCAAGCACAGCAAGGGAGGAGGGGGUAGCGGCGGGGAACCCGGCAAAAAGAAGAGCAAGUCGGACUCCAGACCCUCCGUGUUUUCCAACCUGCGGAUUAGGAAGAACCUCUCCAAAGGGAAAGGUUCUGGCGGCUCCCGGGAGGAUGUGUUGGACUCUCAGGCCCUGCAGACCGGGGAGCUGGACAGCGCUCAUUCCCUGGUCACCAAGACCCCGGACCUCAGCCUGUCUGCUGAUGAGACGGGCCUGUCGGAUACUGAGUGUGCGGACCCUUUUGAGAUAACCCUUCCAGGUGGUCCUAGGCCUGCAGAGGCUGGGUUAGGGGUUCAGGCGGUCGCCGAGGAUUUGGAAACUGUGGUAGGGGCGCAGGAUGGACAAAGGACCAGUUCGGGCUCGGACACGGACAUCUAUAGCUUCCAUUCGGCUGCGGAGCAAGAGGAUUUGCUCUCAGACAUCCAGCAGGCGAUUCGCCUGCAGCAGCAGCAGCAGCAGCAGCAGCAACAGCAGCAGCAGCAGCUCCAGAACUCCGAGGAGCCUGCAGCGCCCCCCGCUGCCGUCUUCCCUCAACCCGGGGCCUUCCUGGGCCUCCAAGGGUUUCUGCUGGGACCCAGCGGAGGGGCUGAGGAGGCCCGAAGCAGUCCUGACACAGAGCAGGCACAAUCCGCKCUCUCUGACCUUCCUGAAAGCCAGACCACCAAGUCCCGGGUGUCAGAGCAGCCGCCAUCCCCCAAGGGCCUCCUUGCAUCGGAGGCGCCCAGCUUACCGCCUGCCCAGUCUGCAGCAGCAGACUCGCCUUCCUCCACCGCCUUCCCAUUUCCCGAGGCCAGGACRGAGGAGGGCGCAGUACCAGCCUCCGUAAGAGAAGCUGAAGACACAGACGAGGAAGCAGAGGAGGAUGCUUUUGAGGAUGCUCCCCGAGGCUCUCCAGGGGAAGAGUGGGGCCCAGAGGUGGGAGAGGUCACGCAGAGUCUGGAUGAAGAGCCAGAGGAGCAGACGCACGGGCCCAGGGUCCCCGCAGCAGCCACCUCUCUGCCCGGUAGCCCUGCGCCUAGCCCGCGCUGCUUCAAGCCCUACCCACUCAUUACCCCCUGUUACAUCAAGACCACCACCCGGCAGCUCAGCUCACCCAAUCACUCCCCGUCUCAGUCCCCCAGCCAGAGCCCCAGGAUUAAGAGACGACUGGAGCCCUCCUUGAGCCGGGGCCCCAGAACCGCCCUGGUCUCAGCAGUCGCCCCAGCCAAGAAGCACCGGACCGAAGGCAGCCUCGCAGGCGGCCUCAGCCGCUCAGCCGACUGGACUCAGGAGUUGGGUGCCGGCACCCCGGCGGCAGGAGGCUCUGCGCACCUUCUGGAGUCUGGCGCUGCUGCAAACAGUAGCGGUGGCCUGUCCCCCGCUCUGGCAGGCAAGGUGUCUGGAGCUCCGGGGACUGCAGAUGGCUUUCAGAACGUGUUCACAGGGCGAACUCUGCUGGAGAAGCUCUUCAGCCAGCAAGAGAACGGGCCUCCAGAAGAAGCAGAGAAAUUUUGCUCACGGAUCAUUGCCAUGGGUCUUUUACUUCCUUUUAGUGACUGCUUCAGGGAACCAUGUAAUCAGAAUGCACAGUCAAGUUCUGCUCCAUUUGAUCAAGAUCAACUUUAUACCUGGGCUGCAGUCAGUCAACCCACACACUCACUGGAUUACACAGAAGGGCAGUUUCCCAGGCGAGUCCCAUCUAUGUGGCCACCRUCAAGACCUCCUGAUGAAGAACACAGGCCCAAGGAUGCUGAAACAGAAUCUCAAUCUGCUAUUUUGGAAACUCCAGAAAAAAGUUCAGAUGCUGCCCAGCAGGAAAUUUUGGAUAUGAAGUCUGAAGGACAGGCAAAUGUAAUUCAGCAACUGGAACAAACCAUCGAAGAUCUGAGGACCAAAAUAGCUGAACUAGAAAAGCAGUACCCUGCCCUGGACACCGAGGUGGCCAGCAGCCAUCAAGGGGCUGAGAAUGGAGUGACAUCCUCAGAAGAUGUCUGCCUGGAAACUUUAAGAUUAGUAGGAAAGGAUAURCAACCUCAAAGGAUUUUAGAGGCAAAAUCUAUACAGACUUCCCCAACAGAGGAGGGUGGGAUACUAACACUACCAUCUGUGAAGGCACUGUCAGAAGGUCCUCCGUGCCCACCUGGGGCUGAAAGUGGAGAGUCAGCUGUUCCAACGUCACCUUCUGGACCUCAGACAAAAUUUUGUUCUGAGAUUUCUUUGAUUGUGUCUCCAAGGCGAAUAUCAGUACAGCUUGAGGCCCAUCAGUCCACGCCGAGUGUAUCACAGCCUCUACCACCUUCAUCCCUUCCAUGUUCUGAUAGUCAGGGGCAGCCUGGGUCACAGUUGUCCCAUCCUUCUUUACAUACUGAGUUUGAAACCAGCCAUGAACCCUCUAUUUUCUCCUCCUUUGGAAACAGCUGUAAUAUUCCACCCCCACCACCUCUGCCUUGCACAGAAUCCUCUACCUCCAUGCCUAGCCUGGGCAUGGCAACUCCAUCACCUUCCCCUCUCCCUGAUGUGACAGUGCCUCCUCUGCCCAGUGUAGCAGUUCCCCUACCUCCCCCUCUGCCUGGUACUGAAAUGCUGCCACCCACUCCUGCUCCUUCUCUUCCUGGAGUGGGAAUACCUCCCCCCCCUCCUCUACCUGAUAUGGGAAUACCUCCUCCUCCCCCUCUUCCUGGAGUUGGUAUUCCCCAACCUCCUCCUUUGCUGGGUAUGGGAAUUCCACCAGCUCCAGCCCCUCCUCCUCCACCCCCUGGGACAGGGAUCCCCCCACCUCCCCCACCCCCUCUGCUCACUGGGUCUGGGCCUUCACUCUCCCCACAAGUUGGGAGUAGCACUUUACCAACACCACAAGUGUGUGGGUUUCUUCCUCCUCCAUUGCCAACUGGCUUGUUUGGAUUAGGGAUGAAUCAGGACAGAGGGAGUAGGAAGCAACCAAUAGAGCCUUGUCGGCCAAUGAAGCCUCUUUACUGGACAAGAAUUCAACUCCAUAGUAAAAGAGACUCCAGUCCUUCACUUAUUUGGGAAAAAAUUGAAGAGCCAUCCAUAGAUUGUCAUGAAUUUGAGGAAUUGUUUUCUAAGACUGCUGUAAAGGAGCGAAAGAAACCUAUUUCUGACACUAUCUCAAAGACCAAGGCUAAACAAGUUGUCAAGUUAUUAAGUAACAAAAGAUCACAAGCAGUUGGAAUCUUAAUGUCUAGUCUUCAUCUAGAUAUGAAAGACAUACAACAUGCUGUUGUGAACUUGGACAACUCAGUGGUUGACCUGGAGACUCUUCAAGCUCUCUAUGAGAAUAGAGCUCAGUCAGAUGAACUGGAAAAAAUUGAAAAGCACGGCCGAUCCUCCAAAGACAAGGAAAAUGCCAAGUCUCUGGACAAACCUGAACAGUUCCUUUAUGAACUGUCACUAAUCCCCAACUUUUCAGAGCGAGUCUUUUGCAUCCUGUUCCAGUCAACGUUUUCAGAAAGCAUUUGCUCAAUUCGUCGAAAACUAGAAUUGCUACAGAAAUUAUGUGAGACAUUAAAAAAUGGCCCAGGGGUUAUGCAGGUUCUAGGUUUGGUUCUUGCCUUUGGCAACUACAUGAAUGGUGGAAAUAAAACUCGGGGACAGGCAGAUGGCUUUGGAUUAGACAUUCUCCCAAAGCUGAAAGAUGUCAAAAGCAGUGACAAUAGCAGAAGCCUUCUGUCAUAUAUUGUUUCAUAUUAUCUUCGAAAUUUUGAUGAGGAUGCCGGAAAAGAACAAUGUGUCUUUCCACUGCCAGAACCACAGGACCUUUUUCAGGCCUCACAGAUGAAGUUUGAAGAUUUUCAAAAAGAUCUCAGAAAACUGAAGAAAGACUUAAAAGCCUGUGAGGUUGAAGCUGGGAAAGUAUACCAAGUCUCCUCUAAAGAGCACAUGCAGCCUUUCAAAGAAAACAUGGAGCAAUUUAUUAUUCAAGCUAAAAUUGACCAAGAAGCAGAGGAGACUUCACUGACAGAAACUCAUAAAUGUUUUUUGGAGACUACAGCCUAUUUCUUCAUGAAACCAAAACUUGGAGAGAAAGAGGUGUCCCCAAAUGUUUUCUUCAGUAUCUGGCAUGAAUUCAGCUCUGACUUUAAAGACUUUUGGAAGAAAGAGAACAAACUUAUUCUACAAGAAAGAGUAAAAGAAGCCGAAGAGGUAUGCAGGCAGAAGAAAGGAAAAUCACUGUAUAAAAUAAAACCAAGACAUGACUCUGGAAUUAAAGCAAAGAUAAGCAUGAAAACAUGA